AUGGUAGUGCGCGGCGCGAUGUGGCGUCUAGCCGUUGUUGUUGUGUUGCAGGCGACGUUUCUGGUCGCCGGUGCGUGGGAUAUCACAUACGUCACCCGAAAUCGACUUUAUCCACCUGCCCCAAGGGUGGAAUGCUUUGAUUAUCCGGGUCCGGAAUGGAGGUCGAUCGGACGAUACCCUAGUGUCCUGGCUGGCGGCCCCGGUGGAACGCGAGGUGCGGGCGGGCUGGCCAAUUUAUUAUUCGACGACGGUUCCUAUUCAAGUACAUCGUUUGGAUUACGUCCUGCCUUCUCUCGGAGGUUCGAUUCGCUACCUUUUUCGUCCUCCAAAGAGGACAUUGUUAAGGAGCAUGCUAAAUUGGUCCGGGAGAUAAAUGGCUUGAAACAGGCAUCGCACAUGCAAGUGACGCCACCAGCACACGAGUCCGGAGACUACGACGACUCGAUCUACCCGGAGGAAAUUGACACGGGUCCGACAUUGACGACACGGCCGGCAGGCACAUGGGCCCCACCGUUCGAAGAGAAGCGCGGAACACCGGCUUCGACUCUCUUCGUGCCGCCGGUCGGCGGAGCGAGCCAGCCCGUCGUCUGGCUCGCGGGGAGCCCGACGCCGCCGCGUCGCCCGUACACCCCGGCGCGUCCCGGCGGCGUAGCGCCCACCGUGCGCGUCUGCCUGCCCCCCGCACUGGCCCCCGCACUGCCCCCCGCACCGCUAAUCAAUCCCAAACCGACGCCAAAUUUACUCCAAAGAAUAAUAGACGGGAUUCUUUCCAAAUAG